AUGGACGACCUCCGCAAGUUCCUCUCAACAGCAACCCUCCCCCCCAAAGCCCAAGUCCUCGCCGGCCAAGUCCCCCUCGCACCCAAAUUCCUCGUGGUGCCCAGCGGCGAGAUCCCCUCCGACCAGCACGCCAAGCUCCUCGAAAUGACCAGCGCCCUCGUCGUGGGCACCGCAUUCGACGUGGUUGAAAAAGGCCUGUACGAGACCCUCUCCACCCCCGAGGAAGUCGCGAUGGCCCUCAACAACGUCGCGGAUACCAUGUACGACAAGUUCACGCGGGGGUUCACCUCGCUUCUCCGCGCGAGUCCGGCCCCGCGUGUUGCGGUUAAUCGGCAGGUUGCAAGGGCUGAUGUCCACCGCGAGUUACUCAAUGUGCUGUUUGAGGAUGUUGUUGUUGGUGGCAACUCCAGUGGCGUGAUGAAGGAGCUGGACGGCCGGCUGACGGAGUUCGUCGACGGGCUGAAGGCGCUUCCGCUGGAUGGUGAGGGCGAAGACGAAGACAGGGAGCUGGCGUUCUUCUUCCUGUCUAGCCGCAUCAACCGCAAGAACAUCGGCGGCCCGACGAACCCGUUCUACCGCGAGACCCCGCUCAUCAAGAUGCACCUGCUGCGGGUGAAAGCGGGUAUCUAUAGCGAGCUCGUUGCGAAGGAUUCCGCUUCCAGCACGAAGAAGGACACUUCCAAGAGCACCGAGGCUGCUAGUAGCACCGGGGCACAGGCCGGGUAUAACUCCGGCGGGGUUGAGACGCCUUUGUCCUGGAGGGAUUUGCUCUUUGGGCAUCAGACUCGCGUGGAAGAGACGGAGGAGGAGGAGGAUACGGUUACGUUGAAGGCGGACUACUUUACCGUUAAUGGGGAGCUGAAUGUUGGGGAGUUUGAUCAGCGGCGGGGGCAGUUGGAUGCAUGGUUUAAGAGUGUUACUGGGAAGGGGCUGAAGGAGUAUGCGGACCAGACGACAAGAGUGCUUUAUGUGUAG